UCUUGUCCUGUCAGUCACUUGAAUAUGAGAAGAUAAGAGCCAGCAUAUAGUGCCUUUGAUUCAUGAGCAUUCAGAGCUGCAGGUGUGCGUUUUGACAUCAGUCUCUGGUGUGUUAGUGCAACACUGAUCAUCAAAGUGGCUGUGUUGCUGGGGAACCUCGGUGACCUGUCUUGCUUAUAAAGAGAAAAUAUACUGCUCAUCACUGGGAGAGGACUACUUGUUUUACUAAGUGAAGACACAGAAAAAUAAUUUGAAGUUCUGGUAAUCUGUCAUGGGGAACCAUGUAGGAAAACGAGAACAUAGCGCUGACAAGUCAGCCAAGAAUGCUGAAACCAAGGUGGAGGAAGCGGCUAAGGAGAGUCCGAAAGCAGCAAGACUAGCACAACAGUCUUCAGAGGACAAUGAAGUAUUUGGAGAGGCAGAUGUGAACCAGAACAAUGGGACCUCCACGAAGAGCCCAGCGGUGACAGACUCCAAAGGCACAGCGGACCCGAAGAAUGCCUGGCCCCAGUCCCACCCAGCUGACACGGCCGGUCGCCCCCACUUGAUCCGCCUCUUUUCCCGAGAUGCCCCAGGGAGAGAAGACAACACCUUCAAAGAUCGGCCCUCAGAGUCAGACGAGCUACAGACCAUCCAAGAGGACAGUGCAGCAGCUUCAGAGAAUUCGGAUUUGAUGGCUUCACAAAAACGCUCCUCUUUCCGGCACGGAUCAAAAAUGGCAUCGGCAAGCACUACAGACCAUGCUCGACAUGGAUCUCCAAGGCACAGAGACUCGGGUCUACUUGACUCGCUGGGCAGAUUCUUUGGAGGUGACAGACACGUUCCCCGGCGGGGCUUCGGCAAGGAUAUACACGCAGCCAGGGCUAGCCAUGUAGGCUCCAUCCCCCAGAGGUCUCAGCACGGCCGGCCUGGUGAUGACAACCCUGUAGUCCACUUCUUCAAGAACAUUGUCUCACCCCGUACUCCUCCUCCAAUGCAAGCGAAGGGAAGAGGACUGUCCCUCACCAGAUUUAGCUGGGGUGGUGAAGGACACAAGCCGGGAUACGGAAGUGGAAAAUUCUAUGAGCACAAAUCUGCUCACAAGGGACACAAGGGAUCCUAUCACGAGGGCCAGGGCACUCUUUCCAAAAUCUUUAAACUGGGAGGCUCUGGCUCCCGGCCUGGAUCGCGGUCUGGCUCACCAGUUGCGAGGCGCUGAAGCUCUACGAUGCCAUUCAAGGAUCAUUCACGCACUCUGCUUCAUAAUCUAACUGCCUUAAAAUUAAUAACAACUGCAAGAAUUACCUAGUUAGAUGCAGUCCAUUAUUUAGUGCCAAUUAGGUUCUGCAUGCAGUAGAUAAUACAAACUUCUAUUGGCAAUCCCUGACCAACAGUUGAAUGAAAGGAACACACAAAGUAGAUUUACUAGCUGUUCUCCCUGUUUUACGUAGAGUAACAAGACGUCUGACUUUACUCAUUCUCCUUGAGGGUGCCCUAACUGUAUGCUGGACUUCAUUAUUUCUCCCAGGCUCCUAAUCUGAGCUCCAGCCUUAUGGUUUCAUUUUAGUGAAGGUCAGAAUCGCAAAUAAAGAGUUAAUGUCUUGGAUACUGAGCACUGCCGUUAAUGAACUUUUGAAACACUGCUGUAAAAACAAACACAAAACCCAUCAUGUGCAGAAGUUGUAAGGACUGUUUAUCCAAAUCCUUUUUUUUUUAUUUAUUUAUUUGGGAUUUUGGUUUCUGUUUUAAUCUUCCUUCUCUCACUCACAGAAUAAUUUAUUUUCAUAACAGGAUUAGGCAGUCACAGAAAGGUUCACCAAACAUUGCGAGUUCAAGGUAUGUGAAAUGUGGGAGGGGGCAGAUGUAGUAGAAUCAAUAUGAUGCAGAGCAAUGGCAAUAAGGAAACGCUUUCCGCACCACAAAUUGCUCACCGCAUCCAAACCAUUAGAAUUAAGAGUAGAUGAGGGAGAGAAAGAGGAUUUCAAAUUUGAGUUAGACUAAUGCAAAGAAACAAGGGAUAUUCCCAGCAACGAAACAUCAGAUCACACAUGUGACCACUGGACGUCACUGUUGCUCCACAUAAACUGCUGCAACAGCAUAAACUUUGCAGUAAAGUAAGUAAUUACAUAUAUACAUGAAUAAGUCUAAUUUCUGAAAGAAAGCCCUUCAGUACUGGUGUCUCAGAUAGUCCUGCACAUCUCAUGAGAGAACUUCAAACCAUGCUCUUGGUAUUGCAGCAGUGUUGUAUUUAGUUGGCUCUCCUUUUGACUGAGUAACAUCUGAAUGCCUGUUAAGGGCAGUGCACCAAAGCAAACUCAUAGUAAACUACUGUGAACAUUUAACUGUUGUACUGUAGUUGCCUCAUAGAAAUGAGUUAUAACAGAGUUAGAUUUAGAUAUUAAUUGUUCACAGAUGACUAAAAUAAAUGUGUGGCAAUGGUAUUUCCAGCCACACGUAGAGAAAUACAAGGCUCUUCUGAAUUGCACUGUUUUAUUACUUAAACUCACCAUUCCUUCAAGCUCUUCUCUAAACAUCUGAUUAAUUACCUCCUUUUUUAGUUUUAGCCUGCGUUGUAGACUGAGGUUAAUGCUUCCCAAGUUGAAACUGCAUCUAUGUGUCCAGUAGAAGUUACCUAUACACACGUAUGUUAAUUCACAUCUAAAUCUAUUGUAGGUUUAUAUUCAGUGUCCAUUAAUACAAAGCAAGGGAAGAUGGAGAAUAGAAAAUAGAGACUAAGGAAAACAAACCCACCAAAAUUAUAUACACGUAUUACAUCUUCUGUUACCUGUGUUGUUUGCUAUGUGUAUUUUUCUACUGUAGCUUCAUUCAGAUUUAUACUCGGCAACGUAAUAGUGGAUUUAAUUUGAAGACAUAUUGUUCUUAUAGGAACAAAGCUUUUAAAAUUUAUCAAAAUAAAGUAAUCGAUAUGUAAUGAAACUUGAA